GUUCAGAGGGGCGGGGCCCGUGCGUGGCUGAUCUGGGCCCUGCUGGAGACUUUGAACUUGGAGCCGGAGCCGGAGCUGGAGCCAGGCGGGGCCCGGGCCAUGGAGCGCCGGGCGGCUGGGUCCCUGGGGCCACUCUCUGAGGAGAACUUCCUGUGCCUGGCCGAGGCCGGGGUGCAGAGCCCCGAGUUCACCGCGCUCUGCGCCCAGCUGGUGGCGGAGCUCCGAGCCCUCUGCCCCCUGGAGGAGGACGUCAGUCCCACCAGCGGCCCUGAAGAUGCUGAGACCUUCCAGAUUGAGCUGAGCGGGCUGCUGCAGGAGCUGCACUGCCCCUACACUGCGCUCACCACAGGGGAUGUGACUGCCCGGCUGGGCAGCGCCCACAGCUGCCUCCAGCUGCUGUACUUCCUGAGCUCGGAGCUGCAAGCCGCCCGGCUCCUGAGCUGGAAACGCCCCCCUUCGCCGCGGCAGGGAGCGGGGGCCAACGCUGCCCGGCGGGAGCUGCGGCUCAUCAGCCAGGCGCUGGGCCGGCCGGAGCCGGCCCCGACCUGCCCCAUCCCCCAGCUCCUGGAGGACAUAAAAUCCAAGGUAGCGGAGGCCCUGUCUGCGCUGCCUGCCGGCCACCAGGAAAUGGCGCCGCUGCUGAGGGCGCCGCUGACGGCUCGACAGUGGGAAGCACUGGAGGGGAUCCGGCAAGCCCUGUGUGCCGAGUACGAAUGCCGGAAGCGCAUGAUGAUGACGCGCUUCAGCGUCACCCUGCAGUCCUUCCACUGGUCUGAGAGGGCCAAGGCCCAGAGUGCCGCCCUGCUGGCCGCCGUGUCCCCGCUGCGGCAGGCUGAGUCGGUCGCCUCCGGCGUCACCCUGGCCCGGCUGCUGGCCGCCCGCGAGGACGCCUCGCGCAUCGUCAGCACCAGCAGCGGGCGCUGCCGCCAUCGGACCAGCUGCGCCAUCAACAAGGUGCUGAUGGGCGGCGUCCCGGACCGAGGGGGCCGCCCCAAGGAGAUCGAGCCCCCUAUGCCCACCUGGGAGAAGAGGCGAGAAGGGGGGGGAGGCCAGCAGCGCUGGGGCCGACGGGGCAAGAAGAAGAAAUGAAGCCUGCUCCGUCUCUGCCGGGAGCUCCCCCCACACACUGCAGGGGGGUGGGCAGAGCAUCUGGGGGGCAAAGACCCAAGGACUCAGAGCCCAACUAAGCAGAGUGGGCGGUGGAGGGGAGUUGGGGCUCAGAGGGGCUGCACCCCCCUACAGCCAGGGGGUGAUAGAGCAGCUACUGAUCAGAUUCCAGGACGCCUGGGUUCUGGUCCCAGCUCUGGGAGGGGAGUGGGGUUUAGA